AUGGCGAUUGCGGCAUCCGAGGAUGAGGACUUUGUGGCAUAUGAGGAUGGGGAGAUUGAGGCAUAUGAGGAUGAGGACUCUGGGGCAUUUGAUACGGAGAUUGCGGCAUCUGAUGAGGCGAUUGAGCCAUGUAAGGUGAAUGAGGAGCCUGAUGCGGAUGAGGAUACACCAUAUGAGGAUGCUGAGCCAUGUGUGGAGAUUGCGGCAUAUGAUGAGGAGACUGUGGCAUCUGGUGAUAAGGAGAUUGUGGCAUCUGAGGGUAUGGAGAUUGAGCAACUCGAGGUGACUGUGCGUGCUGAGGAUGAACCUGAGCUGGAGCUAGAGGACGUUGAGUCGUUCGAGGUGACUGAGCCACUUGUGGUGAUUGCGGAACUCGUGGUUGUGAAACCUGGGGUGACUGAACAGUCUUCGAAGGUUGAGCUGCCUCUGAAGCUUCAGUCGUGGCUGGUUGUUCAUCCUUCUUGGAUACUUCAGCCCCUUCAGCCAGUUGAGUAA